UUGUUGGAAACUGAUUCUGUAUUAACGGCUGGUGUAAAAAAGAUACAAAUAGAACACAUUUACGACCUCGCUGGAGAAUACAACAUCACGUGCAAGUUGUUCAACCUUGUUUCUGAACAAUGGUUGAACUCUGCAGAAACAAAUCAAGUUUAUCAAGCUAUUGUUGACUUUGAGGUUGAUUUGCGGUAUAUUCCGAUGGGGUUGGAUGAAGAGACACAUCUUGGACUACCAGCAUUUGGUCCCCAGUCCAACCAACUUCCUCUGGAUAGGAAAAUAACAUUGUUUUUCAAAUAUACUAAAGGGACAAUUGAACAGAUCCGAGUGACAAACAUAACAAACAGUUCCAAUAUUGAUCUAGGAACAUUCCAAGUUCCAGAUAAAUGGAACGCAAAUGAACACAGACUUCACUUUAACUUCUCUUAUGAAGCAUUUUACAAUAUUUCUGUGGAAGUGACAAACUCUGAGAUGAACGGUGCCUGGGUGAAAGUAGAGAAAAUGUUCCAGAUAGUUGGGAAAGUGAUCAACGUAAAGAUUGAUGAUUUUAAGCUUGUGGUCGGAAAAGAGGAACCAAAGAUGUUCGAAUUCAAGUUUGAGAGCACUGGGGCAGGGACCUGUAUGAUUGUUGAUUACAAAGAUGGAUUUAAGAGAGCAUAUGGAGAUGAAAAAUACUGUGCUGAAUGGAAACCGUCUAUAACAUAUGAUCCUGCUGUGGAAUUCAUAUCAAGUCCAAUGAUAUUGAAUCAUACUUACUGGUAGUUUUAUCAUUAAAAA